UAACUAUUUUCAUAUCAUUAUUAUUGUUAUUAUGAAUUAUAAAACCAUGAACUUGAACCGGUGCCUAUACCGAAAAUUUCAAGCAUCCCCGUGAUUGGUGGACCGUACAUCGGAUUCUGACCUUCACUCCCUCUCCCACUUCUUCAUUCUCUUUCCAUUAAAAUCCCCACCUUUUCUCUCUCUAGAGCUCAAAAACCUCUCUCUCCCUCUCCUCUGCUGCGACAAUGGUGGAAACAUCGCCAUUGAAGCUCCUCUCCGUCACCUUCACCAUCCUCCUCGUCUCCGCCGCCGAAUCCCGCCUCACCACUGAUUUCUACGCCAAAUCUUGCCCUAGAUUCCACGACAUCGUCCGCGACACGAUCACCAACAAGCAGAUUACCAGCCCCACCACCGCCGCUGCCGCUCUCCGCCUCUUCUUCCACGACUGCUUCCCCAAUGGCUGCGACGCCUCCCUCUUGAUCUCCUCCACCGCCUUCAACUCCGCCGAGCGUGACUCUCCGAUUAACCUCUCCCUUCCCGGUGACGGCUUUGACGUCGUCGUCCGCGCCAAAACUGCCCUCGAGCUCACUUGCCCUAACACCGUCUCCUGCUCCGACAUCCUCGCCGUCGCGGUCCGUGACCUCGUCGUCACCGUCGGCGGUCCCUACUACGACGUCUUCCUCGGCCGUAGAGACUCCCGCGUGUCAAGAUCCAACCUCGUCGCCGAUCUGCUCCCGCUCCCAUCGAUGCCGAUCCCGAAGCUCAUAGAUCUGUUUGGCUCCAGGGGCUUCACUAUCCAGGAGAUGGUUGCGCUGAGCGGGGCCCACACAAUCGGGUUCUCCCACUGCAGCGAGUUCGCGGGUCGGGUCGCGAGGAACGAUUCCGGGUACAACCCGAGAUUCGCCGACGGAUUGAGGAAGGCCUGUUCGAAUUACAAGAAGGACCCGACCAUCUCCGUCUUCAACGACGUCAUGACUCCGAACAAGUUCGACAACAUGUAUUUCCAGAACAUCCCAAAGGGUAUCGGGUUGCUGGAAUCGGAUCACGGGUUGGGAUCCGACCCGAGAACCCGACCCUUCGUGGAGCUCUACGCGAGGGACCAAGAACGGUUCUUCAAGGACUUCGCCAGAGCUAUGCAGAAGCUGAGCCUCUACGGCGUCAAGACUGGUCGGAGAGGAGAGAUCCGGCGAAGGUGCGAUGCCAUUAAUUAAAUUUGAGAUCAGAAGAUUCUGGGUUUUGUUAUUCGUUGGAUUUAUUAAUUCUGGGUUUAGUGAAAAGAUCUGAGAUUUGGGCGAUUUUGAAUGUUAAUCUUCUUUGAGGACUGCUGAAGUGUUUCUGUGACAGUAUAAUGUAAUAUAUAUAUAAUACAUACAUAUUUGUGUUGAUGAUC